UGCCACACUGUCGAAAACGCAUCAGCUCAAUAGAUAUACAUAAAUAAAUUAUCAGUGGCUGAAAUUUGGUAAUUAGUAGAUAGCCUGCAGUAGUACGCGGGCAUUGAAAGGUUCUAGUCCUAACACCGUCUAUUCAUCUGAUAAAACAAAUCGAACGAAAUGUAUAAACAAACGUGCACCAACCUACUGAGCCUUUCACCUGUAGAGGUCAACAAAUGGCUUGACAGCUUCGAUUCCGUUAUAACCGAUUGCGAUGGCGUUCUGUGGGUGUACGGAAAUGUUAUACCCGGCUCCCCAGAGACGAUAAACUACUUAAAAGGAAUGGGAAAGAGCAUUUAUUUUUGCACAAAUAAUUCGACAAAAACACGUAAAGAACUACUUAUGAAAGGCAUUGAUCUGGGGUUCAAUAUCACCGAAGAGGGCAUCAUAGCGACAGCCCAUGCAGCGGCUAGUUAUCUGAAGAAUCGCAAUUUUGACAAGCGCGUCUAUAUUAUUGGAUCCCCGGGAAUUGCACAGGAACUGGAUGCAGUUGGAAUAAAACACACAGGCGUUGGCCCUGAUGUAAUGAAGGCCCCACUGGGUGAAUUCAUGGCAAAGCAUUUAACUGUAGAACCGGAUAUUGGGGCCGUUGUUGUUGGCUUUGAUGAGCAUUUCAGCUUUCCGAAAAUGACGAAAGCGGCAUCCUAUCUCAGCGACCCGAAGUGCUUGUUCAUUGCAACGAAUACAGAUGAACGUUUCCCUAUGCCAGGAAUGGUUGUUCCGGGCAGUGGCAGCUUUGUGAAUGCUAUUCGAACGUGUGCGGAGAGGGAACCCAUUGUGAUUGGAAAACCUAAUCCGGCCAUUUGUCAGUCAUUGAUUAAGCAAAAAAAGAUCAUUCCGUCUCGAACUUUAAUGAUUGGUGAUCGGGCCAACACGGAUAUUCUCCUGGGCUAUAAUUGUGGAUUUCAGACACUUCUCGUCGGAACGGGCAUUCAUUCUAUGAAUGAUGUGGCUCAAUGGAGGAAUAGCAAAAACCCCGACGACAAAAAACUAAUACCCGAUAUGUACAUACCGAAAUUGGGAGAUCUACUGCCAGCAAUUAUCGAUUCGAUUACACACGGACGCUAUUAAUUUGUAUAUAUACUGUAUAUAUAUAUAUAUGUUUGACAAAUUUUAUUCAGUUUAUGUAUUCCGCUCAGGGACACUAGUAAACUUAAUAUUAUUAACAGA